CCAGGCGGUCUCUGCCGCGACUCCCACGCCUCCUCCCCUCUCUGCCGCUGCCCCCCGGGAUUCUCGGGCCCCCGCUGCGAGCACAACGCGGACGAUUGCACCCCAAACCCCUGUGCCCAUGGGGGCACCUGCCAGGACGGCCCCAACUCCUUCACCUGCUCCUGCACUUUGGGGUUCGGGGGUCCCCGGUGCCGCCGCCGCGCCGGAGCCUGCGCCCCCAACCCGUGCGGGAACGGCGGCACCUGCUUCACGCACUUCUCGGGCCCGGUGUGCGCCUGUCCCCCCGGAUUUAUGGGGGUCCGCUGCGAGGAGGAGGCGCGGGGGGCUCGGGCGGGACCCCCUCCCCAAAAUGCGGGGGUGCAGCAGCAGCAGCAAUCCCGGCGCGCCCCCGGCCCCGCAGCGCUGUGCGCGCUCCCGCUGCUGCUGCUCGCGCCCGGCGUGGGGCUGGCGGUGGCGUGGAGGAGGAGGAGGGGGGACAGGGCCCCCGCGGACUCGGGCGGGACCCCCGGGCUGAGCCCCCCCGGGCCGGAGCGGCGGCUGCAGAGACCCUCGGCCACGCGGGUGAGAGUGUGA